UGCUAGCUAAAAUCUUCAUGUUAUCGUCAUUGCUGUUAUUACGUUUUUAAAGCCGUCACGGCGCGUGUUCACGUGACAAAUUUGGCGCGAAAAGAUUGUGUUAAUUGUUCACAGAUCUAACUUACUUUCCUAGUAAUAAUAUUACUAUUGUUAGAAAUUGUGGGAUUUAAGUUGAGAAAAUUAGUAUAAUAAGAUGGAUGUUGCUGAACAACGUAUUGGGCAAGUUCAUGUAAAAGAUGAGGUUGGAGAUCGUUGUCAAAAGUUGUUCCAAGAUUUUCUUGAAGAGUACCAAAACGAAGCUCAUGAGCUAAAAUAUUUGGAAGAUGCAAAGCAGUUAGUGAAGCCUGAAAGAAAUACACUUCAGGUUAAUUUUCAAGAUGUUGAAAAGUUUAACCAAAAUCUGGCAACUACUAUUCAAGAAGAAUAUUAUAGGGUAUAUCCUUAUUUAUGUCGAGCUGUCAGAAAUUUUGUCAAGGACCAAGCACAAGUGAAUGUACUAAAAGAUUUCUAUGUUAGUUUUACAGAUGUAUUCUCAAGACACAAGGUUCGAGAGCUAACUACAACAAAAAUAGGUAGCCUUUUGCGCAUAACCGGUCAAGUUGUCCGAACCCACCCUGUCCAUCCAGAACUAGUUAGUGGAACAUUCACUUGUCUUGACUGUCAGACAGUUAUUAAAGAUGUUAUACAACAAUUCAAAUAUACACAGCCAACAAUUUGUCGAAAUCCAGUUUGCAGCAACCGUGCAAGGUUCAUGUUGGAUAUAAACCAUUCUAGAUUUGUAGAUUUCCAGAAAAUUCGUAUUCAAGAAACACAGGCAGAACUUCCUCGGGGCAGUAUUCCAAGAAGUGUUGAGGUUAUUUUGAGAGCAGAAGCAGUUGAAAAGGCUCAGGCUGGAGAUCGAUGUGACUUCACUGGAACAUUAGUGGUUGUGCCUGACAUUAGUCAGCUGGCAACACCAGGUGUUCGCACAGAAAGCAGUGUACGACAUAAAGGGAUGGAAGGAUUUGAAACAGAAGGAGUUAGAGGUUUGAAAGCUUUGGGAGUAAGAGACCUGUCUUACAGACUUGCAUUUCUAGCAUGUGCUGUCACUCCUACAAAUCUAAAGUUUGGAGGAAUUGAUUUUCAUCCUGAAGAAAUAAGUGCAGAAUCUGUGAAGAAGCAAAUGACUCCUCAAGAGUGGGAGAAAGUCUACAACAUGAGUAGAGACAAAAAUCUGUAUCACAAUCUCACCUCUAGCCUGUUUCCUACUGUUCAUGGGAAUGAUGAAGUAAAGCGAGGUGUUUUGUUGAUGCUGUUUGGAGGUGUACCUAAAAGCACUGUGGAGGGAACAUCUCUAAGAGGUGACAUUAAUGUUUGUAUAGUAGGAGACCCAAGUACUGCUAAGAGCCAGUUUCUCAAGCAUGUAGCAGAUUUUUCCCCUAGAGCUGUGUACACCAGUGGGAAGGCAUCAUCUGCUGCCGGUCUUACUGCUGCUGUUGUGAGAGAUGAAGAAUCAGGUGAAUUUGUCAUUGAAGCUGGGGCUUUAAUGCUAGCUGACAAUGGUGUGUGUUGUAUUGAUGAAUUUGACAAAAUGGAACAGAGAGACCAAGUUGCUAUUCAUGAAGCUAUGGAACAACAGACAAUCUCCAUUACAAAGGCAGGAGUUAAAGCUACUCUAAAUGCCAGAACAUCUAUACUUGCUGCAGCAAACCCUGUAGGUGGACGUUAUGAUCGAACAAAAUCUCUAAAACAGAAUAUUAGUCUUUCAGCACCAAUAAUGUCUCGUUUUGAUCUCUUCUUCAUUUUGAUCGAUGAGUGUAAUGAGGUAACUGAUUAUGCUAUAGCUCGUCGCAUUGUGGACUUACACACCAAUAAUGAAUUAUCUAUAGAUAGAGUAUAUACAGUGGAAGAGAUUCAGCGUUACAUGACGUUUGCUCGACAGUUUAAACCAAAGAUUAAUAAGGAUUCUGAAGAGUACUUAGUGGAACAGUAUCGACACCUGAGACAAAGAGACACAGCUGGUCUAUCAAAGUCUUCCUGGAGAAUCACUGUAAGGCAGUUAGAGAGUAUGAUCCGACUCUCUGAAGCUAUGGCUCGAAUGCACUGUUCUGAUGUGGUACAUCCAAAGCAUGCUAAAGAAGCUUUUAGACUUUUGAACAAGUCUAUUAUACGAGUUGAACAGCCUGAUAUACACCUGUAUGAAGAACAUGAUGAUGAUGGGCAAGUAGAUGAAAAUGGUGUCAAUGGAAUUGUAAAUGGUGAUAUUCAGGAAACUGUAGAGGAUAUUGAUGCAGAAAAGGAGAUGCAACCACAGAAAAAGGGACUAAAGCUAUCAUACGAACAGUACAAAGCUAUGUCAAACAUGUUAAUCAUGCAUCUACGGCGAGAGGAGACAAGAAUUGAAGAAGAGGAUGGUGAAGGGUACAGAAGAACAGAUCUUGUAAACUGGUACCUUAAAGAAAUUGAAAGUGAUAUAGAAAAUGAGCAAGAACUGUGUGAAAAGAAGACCUUGGUUGAAAAAGUCAUUGACAGACUUACUUUCCAUGACCAGGUAAUCAUUCCAUUGUCUAAAGUUGGCCUGAAGGGUGAGGAAGAAAUGGAAGAUGAUGACCGAAUUCUUGUUGUGCAUCCAAACUAUGUUCCUGAAGAUUUUUAGUUGUAAAAAAUCUACACACACACACACACACACAUGUAUAUAUAUAUAUUUUUUUAACCUUCAGAACAGAAGUCUUUGAAUUUUUUUGUGCUAUAACCUAAUGUAAAACCAUUUAACAGUUGUUAAUGCGAUUGUGAUCAGUUAUAUUUGUUGUCAUAAGACAGUAGUAUUAGGCUUAUUGUAGUAUUAAAAAUACUAUUGUCUUAUGAAAAAUAUAACUGCUUAAAACCACUUCAAAAUUUUCCUUCAUUAGCUAUUUUUAUACAUCUAUUGAAAGAUUAAAAUGACAACUUUAUAUAAUAUAGUACAUCUGUAUUUCAUAUGUUUAAAAAUAAUUCAAACGUUUAUAGCCUUUUAAUCUAUUUAUGUUCUUUUUAUUAUGGGAAAUUAAUUUUUCCAAUUCAUUAAUCACAUAUUAAUUUUGUUGAGUAAAAAUACUAAAAAUAGGACUAAUUAUUAUAUAAACCCCUGAAACCAAAAAACAAUUUUCAAGCCUGUUUCGAUUUCUUUAAUAAUAUUAUGUCUGUUGCUUUUUGAAAGUACUGAACUUUUUGUUUUUUUUUAACAUGGAUAUGUCUUAGUUAUUUAGAGAAAUUGAGAUGUAAGUUACUUGUAAAUAUCACCCCAUAACUGUAUUAGAUUAAAUGGUAUUAUAAUUUUGAAUCAGUUUUGUUGGCAGAUUACGUUUUAGUUACACAAAGAUACAUGGAGUAAAGUAACCUUCAAUACUAUCUAAAAAUUUUAAAAUCUUGAUGAUCCGUCUAAAUACUGGAAUAAAAGAGAUUCUACACAGUCAAAUUUAGUUGUAAAAAACAUUGUGCAAGCUUAACAAUGAACUAAAAAUUUCAAAUUUUGAAGGAGAGGAAAAGAAAUUUCAAAUUUUAGGUAAUCAAAUAAAGGCAGUAGAAAGUUCAGUUUGUUUUUCUUUAGUACUAAAAUCACAGAACAUUUAUUUUUUUUAAA